ACGAUGAACAGCAGAUAUGAAAUCGCCGGACAUCACCAUGGGCCUGCCGUCGCCUCAGGCGAACAACCACCACACCGCCGCCGCGGGUGGCGGAGCCGAGGACGCAGAGUGCGUCGUCCGCGAGCAAGACCGGUUCAUGCCGAUAGCAAACGUGAUCAGAAUCAUGCGCAAGAUCCUUCCGCCGCAUGCGAAGAUUUCGGACGACGCAAAGGAGACGAUACAGGAAUGCGUGUCGGAGUACAUCAGCUUCAUCACCAGCGAAGCCAACGACCGCUGCCAGCGCGAGCAGAGGAAGACCAUCACGGCCGAGGACGUCCUGUGGGCCAUGAGCAAGCUCGGCUUCGACGACUACAUCGAGCCCCUCACCGUCUACCUCCACCGCUACCGCGAGUUCGACGGCGGCGAGCGCGGCUCCCUGAGGGGUGAGCCGCUGGUCAAGAGGGUGCUCGACCACGGCGGAGGCCCCAUGGGGUUUCCUGGGGGUUAUCCGGCAGCGGCAGCUUUUCAUCACAUGGCGGCACACCACCAUCAUCAUGGCUUCUUUGGAGCUGCUCCGCCGAUGAACUUCUUCAAGGAUCCGACCAAUGCUGGGCCGUCACAGGCUGCUGUUGCUUGCGUUGAUCCAUACCCGCAGUGUAAGGAGCAGUUGUAGAAGUUGAUUAGGUUUUCAUCAUCGCAGCGUUUUUAAUGCUGCUUGCUUUCCUAGGUUUUCAUCAAGUGUAACAGUAAACAAAGAUUGUGUAGCUUAAUCAAACUUAUGUUUAAUUUGCAUUUCCAAAAUUUCGACUGUCUUU